GUGACAUGCAUGACUUGCUUGCUUGGCUGUUGUGAUGACCACAAGGGUGACUGGCUGGGACUGGCCGUUCUGACUUGCUUGACGUGUUUGACUUGGCUCGCUUGCUUUUUGAUUGUGCCUCACAUCACUAGCUUACUCGCUCGCAUCGCCGCCCACCCCAAGGCUUUCUGCCCCUUCUUCCUGCCACGCAUCAGACACGCCUCGCAGAUUGCACGUCGCCCACACAACCCGCAGCACGUCUCACAGCAGGAUGGAUGGCAAUGGCUUGCCAGAGCGGACGACGCAGCUGGACCCACCGGCGGAGUUUCCCUUCCCGUUCCCGCCAUAUGACAUCCAGCGCGAUAUGAUGCGCCAGCUCUACUGCUGUUUCGAGGCAGGCGGCCUCGGCGUGUUCCAGUCGCCAACAGGAACGGGGAAAUCGCUGAGUGUGCUGUGCAGCGCCAUGCAGUGGUUACGUGAUGACCUGCAGCAAACGGAAAAGGACUUGCUGGACCAGAACGUGAGCGAGCGCGCACAGGGAGCAGCAGAGACGCAUCGGUCACGUUCGGCAUCCACGGCCAGCACGGCUGGAAAGACAGGCGCGCAGCAGUCUUCAACCAGCAAGAAGAGCAUGCCGGCACCGCCAUCCUGGGUCAUGCAGAAGCAGGCGGACAUGCGUGCAGACGCAGCAAAGAAGGCUGUGGACAAGUGGAAGGCCAAGAUUGUGGCGCGGCAGGAUCGCAUCCGGCUCGUGCGUGAACGAUCGGAGGAGGGCAGGCUCUCCAAACGAAAGUUCAUUCCCGGAGUGUUCAAGAGUGGAAAAGGCGACGACAACAACGACGACGGCACUCAGGAUGAUGGUGCUGAUAGUGCGACGGAAGACGCUGAUCUUGUCCCGCGCGAUUAUGCAUCUGAUGACGACGGUGGCGAUGGUGGGCUGUCAGAUGACAGUGACGGGGAAGAGGACGAACCACCGAGAAUACGAAAGAUUUUCUUCUGCAGCCGGACGCAUUCGCAGCUGGCGCAGUUCGUAUCGGAGGUGAAGAACAGUCCCUUCAGUGACGUCCGCCUGACCGCCCUCGGCUCACGGCAAAACCUCUGCACAAACCCCCGCGUCAACAAGCUUUCGUCACUGCAUGCCAUCAACGAGAAAUGCCUCGAUCUCCAAAAGACAAAGAACGAAAUCGAUCCAAAGACGGGCAAGGCUGUGAAGGUGAAGAAGUGCCCAAUGCUCAACCCGCGCUCCAUGAACGUCACAAGCAACAUCAUCCUCGGAUCACCCCAGGACAUUGAGGAGGCAGCCGUGGUGGGCGAGCGGUUGGGCGCAUGUGCGUAUUACGCAUCCAGACAGGCCGUUGAGUUUGCAGAGCUUGUGCUUCUGCCAUACAACAUGCUGCUGCACAAGCCGACGCGAGAAGCUGUUGGUCUCGACCUUAAGGACAACAUCGUCAUCGUGGAUGAGGCGCACAAUUUGGUGGAAACAAUCGCUGCUCUGCACAGCGCAAAACUUGCCAGACUUGAGCUGGAGCAAGCGCACGCCGCCCUCAGCCAGUACAUGGACAAGUUCAAGAGGCGGCUGACGCCAAAGCAUCUCAUGUACAUUCGCCAGCUCCUGUUUGUUCUCAAGUCCUGGCUCACAUUCCUUCGCAAACCAGUCGCGGAUGGUGAGAAGAGCGAGUUUCUUCUGUCUGUCAACGACUUUCUAUUCGAGACCAAAACAGAUCACAUGCACUUCUUCAAGCUGCUGCGCUACUGUGAGAAGAGUGAACUGCACCGGAAGCUGCUCGGAUAUACACAGCGCCACCUUCCGUCUGUGUUUGACAGCGGCAACGGCGAUGUGGGCGAGAGCAGCGGUGCACUUCGCAGCAAACACAUCUCACCACUUCGCGGCGUGCAGGCGUUUAUCGAAUCGCUCACACACGCGGACGAGGACGGGCGCAUUGUUGUUCGGCGCAGCGGGCGGGAUGCAAGCCUGCAGUUUAUGCUCCUCAACCCGGCCAUCUACUUUGAAGAGGUGUUGUUGAAGGCGCGAGCGGUGGCUGUUGUUGGCGGAACGAUGGGAUCCAUGUCCGAGUUUGUGCAGCACCUGCAAACGCCAAAGACGCGUGCACUCAAGGUUUCGACGUUCUCGUGCGGGCAUGUUGUGAACGGCAACAACAUCAUUGCGCUCGCCGCCACACACGGCCCAACAAACGAGCCGUUCCGGUUCACCUUUGCAAACCGGAAGAACAAGGCGAUGGUAGAAGGGCUGGGGCGGCUGCUUGUGAACGUGUGUCGAGUUGUUCCUGCCGGUGUCGUUGUGUUCUUUCCUUCCUACGACACAGAGGACUUUAUUUAUCAGCACUGGAAGGCGUGCGGUGUCCUCGACAGCUUGCAGCGGCUGAAACAGGUUGUGCGUGAACCAAGAGCCGCCGGCAAGACAGACGAGUGUCUCACAGAGUAUAGCAACGCCGUGCAACAGGGGCGGGGUGGCCUGCUGUUUGCUGUGGUGGGCGGAAAGCUGAGCGAGGGCAUCAACUUCAAGGACGAUCUUGGCCGCUGCGUGGUGAUGGUGGGCCUGCCCUAUCCAAACCGCCACAGCCCCGCGCUGCAAGAGAAGAUGGCGUAUCUUGACAAGCGCGCCGGCAGCGGUGCGCGCAACGCAAACGGUCAAUCCCCAGGCGAGGCGUACUAUGAGAACCUGUGCAUGAAGGCUGUGAACCAGUCGAUUGGCCGAGCUAUUCGCCACCGCAACGACUAUGCUGCAAUUCUGCUUGUGGACGACCGAUAUGCGCGACCCCGGAUUGCGUCGCAGCUGCCCGAGUGGAUGCAGCCGUACCACACCACCGUCGACAAGAUGGGCGGUGUUGUGCGCCACCUCUCCACAUUCUUUCGGAAACGUAAAUGAGCUCACGCAGCGUAGCUUGUCGAACGAAACUCACUAAACGAACUCAAAAUCCCCGCUUUCAUCACACACACACACACACAUUAUUCGAGGGGUUUGGUG